UUGAAAGCGGUGAGAAUUUCGAAGCGUGUUCUUUAGUAUAUUUACAGAUUCAGAAUAUUAUUUCCGACAAAAUGCAAUUGAUCGGUUCUGCAGUGUUAGUGACUGUGUGCUUUUUGGGCACUUACGCCGUCCCCAAUUACAUUGAACCUCAGGAAGCUGAUAACAAUCAUAACGAGGUCAUUGGUUUACUAGUCGCACAGAUGCGUUCAGCCUUAAUCGAUACGCGCGCCUUGACGCCAGCCGAGUCCACAUGCGCCACAACAUAUAACAAUCGCACACAACAAAUCAACAAUUUGCUGACGACCCAAACCAAUGUCUGUUUCGAGAAUGCCAAUCGUACACUGGUGGCCAACAACCAGACCGCCAAUGCCACGAUAGCGAAUAUAAGGAAAAAUUUGCAAACAGUGCAGCAACAAUUGGCCAAUUGCUCGGCAAUAGCGGACACCAGUAAAUUCCUGAAUUGCACCACAGCUUCGUUCGACAAGAACAUUCAACUGCUGGACGAGGCAAACUCGCAGGCCUACCAAGCGGAGGCACAGAUCGCCGCCAAUCAGUCGUUAGUGAUCGUUGUGCGACAAGCAUGUGUCAGCGCAGCCAUCGGCGGUGGCAAGACCAAUCUUACGCUGGCCGCUAAUGCUUAUCAGCUAUGCUUGAGCAAUAUCUCUAGUCAGCGCAUGGUCGGCACAUCACUUGAGCUAUUCAACUAAGUUGCGCAUUGGUAUGAUGUAUUAUAAAUGAAUAAAUAAAAUUUUUGAGCAAAA